CCGGCAUUAGGCUCUUUAAUAUCGGGAAUCUAACGAUCCCACAAAACCGGCCCUCCGUACUCCCAACAACCUUGCCCAGGCGGGACUUCUGGCGAAACCCGGGGGAACUAAUCGAGCACUUGUUGACUUUUGAGCCACCAUUAACGACCCUCUAAAGUCAUAAUCGACGCAGUGGCGCCAUGUCUUUUCGUCCACGUAACAAUGUGUUCCAGCCGGGCAUGAGUCGAUCGACGUCCCAGCAGUCACUGUCAUCGUUCCCUCUCGAAAGGAACCCCUCGAAUCCCUUUCUUCCCAUGCAAGACUCUCAAUUUGAUAUUCUCCAGUGGUAUCCGCAUUUCCAGUCGUGCGUUCGAUACUUCUUAGAUCACGCACAGCAUGAAGGCCCCGUCCAGGCGAUGGCCGCUUUUAUUAACAUACAACUCCCCUGCCAGAAAUCACAAUACCCCGUUACCACGUCGAGAUCGUCGGGCUCGCCGUCCGCCAUACCAUCGCCGUCCUCAUCCACGCCCGGAAAGUUUGCUAUUCCAAGCCAAGCAUCUAUGGCCAUCAGCCUGACCCCUUAUCUGCGCCGGCUAGUUGCGACUGGAUUCGACUUCCCAGGUGUCCUGCAUGGAUUCUUCGGCGAUGACUGGGCAGCCGGGAUAGGACAUCUCCACGAAGUCGAGCGAAGAAACUACCUCUUCGCUGCCAAGGCCUCGAGCUGGCUCGACGUUAAGUCGCAGUACGACAUGCCUGAUGGGCAGACCAUCCCUUUCCUACGGCCGCUCCAACAUGUUACCGAAGAUGAAAUUAUCAGUGCAGAAACAAAUUGGAGUCAGUGGCUAGCGAUGCAAGAUUGGAUGAUUGGACCUAGAAAUCCAGAGGAUAUACCCCCAAUUAUCAAAGAUGAGGAUGCCUGACAUUGACCUUGGGAUAUGGCGCUUUUAUGGAAUGGAUUCGAGACAAUUUGAGAUUACGACGUACAACAAGCUUUUGGUGUUUUGACGAUAAAGAAUUAUUUCAUCAUGGGAUGAUGCAAUAAGGGAAUCUGGGUAGGGCGGCCUUGUCUUUUGGAAAGGGGAUCCUAAUAUGAUGACGAGGAUUGUCUAGCAACACACUGGCAGGUGCAGGAGAUUGCGACCUAGUAGAUUGUAGGAGGCCAGGGGUAAGGCCAGGGUGAAGUCUUU